CGCUUCGCAAUUUUCUUCUUUUUUUUGUUAUUACUUUUUUUUUUCCUCCGAUUUGAGAGUUUGCUUACCUCGGAACUUCUCUCCGACAUCGUACCGUCUCGUCCGAUUGAGCUGGUUUACCUUUCCGGCGAAGCUUACUUGUACCCUCAAUUAGGGUUUCAAGAAAGAACCCUCCAAUCCAACAAUCUCGUAUCAGUGAAUGGUUUUGAUUGAGUUUUAAUGGUUGGGGAUUUGGGAAGGACAAUUGCCUUGUCGUCUCCCGAUUGUCACCAUUGUAGUUAAAUCUUUGAAUAUGGCUGAAUCCAAUGGCAAGGGUUCCCACAACGAGACUUCCUCAGAUGACGAUGAUGAAUAUGAGGACAACAGCAGGGGUUUUAACCUUGGAUUCAUCUUUGGAAAUGUUGAUAACUCUGGGGACUUGGACGCUGAUUACCUUGAUGAGGACGCCAAAGAACAUCUUUCUGCAUUGGCAGAUAAGCUGGGUUCAUCUCUACCAGAUAUAAAUUUAUUGGCAAAAUCAGAACGUACAGCAAGUGAUCCAGCUGAGCAAGAUUAUGAUAGAAAAGCUGAGGAUGCUGUUGAUUAUGAGGAUAUUGAUGAAGAGUACGAUGGGCCCGAAGUUCAAGUAGUCAGUGAGGAAGAUCAUCUACUGCCAAAAAAGGAGUAUUUUUCGACUGCAGUUGCUUUGGGUAGUUUAAAGUCCAGAGCUUCUGUGUUUGAUGAUGAAGAUUAUGACGAGGAAGAAGAACAAGAGGAGGAGCAAGCGCCAGUUGAAAAAUCUCUUGAAACUGAAAAGAGGGAACCAGUUGUCUUAAAGGAAGACAAGGCCUUGGAGUAUGAAGAGGAGGCUAGCAUCUUGGAUAAAGAGGAUCAUAUGGACACCGAAGAUGUCCAGGAGGAGGAGGUGGAUGAGUUAUUGGAAGGUACAUUGGAUGACAAAGGCGCCACCCCACUGCCUACGUUGUAUGUGGAAGAUGGUAUGGUUAUCUUACAGUUCUCCGAGAUAUUUGCUAUCCAUGAGCCUCCACAGAAACGGGAUAGGAGAGAAAAUAGAUAUGUCACUUGUAGAGACAAAUACAAAUCUAUGGAUAUAUCUGAGCUUGUUGAAGACGAUGAGGAGGUACUCCUGAAGAGCCAUGGUAGGAUUGAUACUCAUGUAGAACAAGCUGAUCUGAUUCAGCUGGAUGUUCCCUUUCCAAUUAGAGAGGGUUUACAGCUGGUAAAAGCUAGCACAAUAGGUGGUAUCACACCAGAAUCAAGAGAAUUUACGAAGCUAGGAAGAGAUUCAUGUAUUAUGGGUGAACUGUUGAAGCAAGACUUCAUAGAUGAUAAUUCAUCUCUGUGCCAAUCUCAAUUAUCGAUGCAAGUUUUUCCUCUUGACCAGCAUGAAUGGGAACGUCGGAUUAUUUGGGAACAUUCUCCUGAAAUUAGUGGUAAUUCUGGUGAGAUCUUCGAACCUGGACUUGAGCCGGAAGGUAUGCUGGUUAAAGGAACAAAUUCAGAGACUGAACAAGAAAGCUUGAAUGUGGUGAACUCUAGAGUGCAAGUUCAAGCGGACAAUAAUAUGUUUGUGCCUUUUUCUGCCAAUCUGUUGGAGUCUUUUGGCUCAAGAGGUUCCCAGUCAACAAACGAGUCCACUAACAAAAGUAGACAUCAUCCACAACUGCUAAGAUUAGAAUCCCAGUGGGAUGAGAAUCAUCUUAGUGGAAAUGAUGAAGCUGGAGUAAAGAAGAUUAAGCGACUUGAAAAAGACGCCCUUGGGCGCUUUAGCAGACUUGUAUUGCGAGAGAGGGAUUUGGGGGAUGAGGCAUGGUUAGAUAGUAUAAUAUGGGACUCAGAGAAAGAGUUGAGCAGAUCUAAACUAAUUUUUGAUCUUCAAGAUGAGCAAAUGGUCUUUGAAAUUUUCGAUAACGAGGAAAGCAAAAAUCUUCAACUUCAUGCUGGAGCUAUGAUUGUAUCCCGGUCUUCAAAAUCCAAGGAUGAAACCUUUCAAGAAGGCUGUGAAUCAAAUUCUGGGUGGCAAUUUAAUCUUUCCAAUGACAAGUUUUAUAUGAAUGGGAAAAGCUCUCAGCAACUGCAGGCAAAUACUAAUAAAUCCAGUGUUCAUAGUUUGAGAGUUUUUCAUUCAGUACCAGCGAUUAAACUGCAGACGAUGAAGAGUAAAUUGAGCAAUAAAGACAUAGCAAAUUUUCACCGGCCCAAAGCUUUAUGGUAUCCACAUGACAAUGAGCUAGCCAUUAAACAGCAAGGAAAGUUACCGACCCGAGGAUCCAUGAAAAUUAUAGUUAAGAGCCUGGGGGGUAAAGGAAGCAAGCUACACGUUGGCAUAGAGGAAUCUGUCUCUUCUUUAAGAGCCAAGGCUUCUAGAAAGCUAGAUUUUAAGGAAACAGAAGCAGUGAAGAUGUUCUAUAAGGGAAAGGAACUUGACGAUGAAAAGUCUCUUGCUGCACAAAAUGUUCAACCAAAUUCCUUGGUUCAUCUUAUACGUACUAAAGUACAUCUGUGGCCAUGGGCACAGAAGCUACCUGGCGAAAAUAAAUCUUUGAGACCUCCUGGGGCAUUCAAAAAGAAAUCUGACCUAUCUACUAAAGAUGGCCAUGUUUUCUUGAUGGAGUACUGCGAGGAGAGGCCGCUGAUGCUCAGCAAUGCAGGAAUGGGUGCAAAUUUGUGCACAUAUUAUCAGAAGUCAUCCCCUGAGGAUCAACGUGGCAACUUGCUGCGCAAUCAAAGUGACACCUUAGGGAAUGUGAUGAUUCUAGAACCUGGGGACAAAUCUCCUUUCCUUGGGGAGAUACACGCUGGUUGCAGUCAGUCAUCUGUUGAAACAAAUAUGUAUAAAGCACCUAUUUUUCCGCAGAGAUUGCAGUCAACAGAUUACUUGUUGGUCCGGUCUCCUAAAGGAAAGCUCUCUCUAAGGCGUAUUGACAAGAUAGUUGUUGUCGGACAACAGGAACCUCGCAUGGAAGUAAUGUCUCCUGGAUCAAAGAAUCUACAGACUUAUUUAGUGAACAGAAUGUUGGUUUAUGUGUACCGAGAAUUUUUUAAGCGUGGUGGGGGGGAGCACCCAAUUGCUGCAGAUGAGCUGUCUUUCUUAUUUUCUAACUUGACAGAUGCAAUCAUCAAGAAGAAUAUGAAAAUUAUUGCUUGUUGGAAGAGGGAUAAAAAUGGCCAGUCUUAUUGGACCAAAAAAGAUAGUUUACUAGAACCUCCUGAGAGUGAGCUGAAAAAGCUUGUGGCACCAGAGCAUGUAUGUUCUUAUGAGAGUAUGCUAGCUGGGCUGUAUCGGCUCAAACAUUUAGGGAUCACCCGGUUUACAUUACCUGCCAGUAUAUCAAAUGCAUUGGCUCAGCUCCCAGACGAAGCUAUUGCUCUUGCUGCUGCAUCACAUAUUGAGCGGGAGUUGCAGAUUACUCCAUGGAACCUGAGCAGUAAUUUUGUUGCUUGUACAAAUCAGGACAGAGCAAAUAUAGAGCGGUUGGAAAUUACUGGGGUUGGUGAUCCCUCUGGACGGGGUCUAGGAUUUAGCUACGUCAGAGCUGCGCCAAAAGCACCAGCUGCAGCCGGGCAUAUGAAGAAAAAGGCAGCAGCCGGCCGUGGAGCCCCAACUGUCACUGGUACAGAUGCUGAUCUUCGCAGAUUAAGCAUGGAAGCAGCUCGAGAGGUUCUUAUCAAGUUUAAUGUCCCUGAUGAGAUAAUUGCCAAGCAAACUCGAUGGCAUCGUAUAGCUAUGAUACGGAAGCUAUCAAGUGAGCAGGCUGCAUCCGGUGUUAAGGUUGACCCUACAACCAUAGGCAAGUAUGCUCGUGGCCAGAGAAUGUCUUUCCUGCAGAUGCAACAGCAGGCCCGAGAAAAGUGUCAGGAGAUUUGGGAUAGACAGCUUUUGUCCCUUUCAGCUUUUGAUGGUGAUGAGAAUGAAAGCGAAAAUGAGGCGAAUAGUGACUUGGACUCCUUUGCCGGAGAUCUGGAAAAUCUACUUGAUGCUGAGGAAGGUGGGGAGGGGGAAGAAUCUAACAUUUCUAAGAAUGACAAAUUGGAUGGAGUUAAAGGUCUCAAGAUGAGACGGCGGCCAUCUCAAGUUGAGACAGAUGAAGAGAUUGAAGAUGAAGCUACUGAAUAUGCUGAGUUAUGCCGACUGCUGAUGCAAGAUGAGGAUCAGAAGAAGAAAAAGAAGAAGAUGAAAGGUGUGGGAGAGGGAAUGGGCUCUUAUCCUCCCCCACGACCCAAUAUAGCUUUGCAGAGUGGUGAACCUGUACGAAAGGCCAAUGCCAUGGACAAGAAACCUAUUGCCAUCCAACCUGAUGCAUCGUUCUUAGUAAAUGAGAGCACCAUCAAAGACAACAGAAAUGUUGAUUCUAUUAUAAAGACCCCCAAAGGUAAACAGGUAAAAGAGAACAGCAAUUCUUUGGGCCAGUUGAAGAAGGUCAAAAUACUGAACGAAAACCUAAAGGUAUUCAAGGAAAAGAAAUCGGCGAGAGAGAACUUUGUUUGUGGAGCCUGUGGUCAGCAUGGGCACAUGAGAACCAAUAAACACUGCCCAAGAUACAGGGAAAAUACAGAAUCACAACCCGAAGGCAUAGAUAUGGAUAAGUCUGCCGGAAAACCGAGUUCUUCAGAACCAUCAGGUCUGCCCAAGCUGAAACCUAUUAAGAACAGCAAAGCUGCGCCAAAAAGUGCAAUGAAAACUUCUGUAGAUGAAGCUCUGAAGGGAGAUAAGUUAAGUUCCAAAACUGGGGGUCUCCCUCUGAAGUUUAGAUAUGGUAUCCCCGCUGGAGAUUUGUCAGAUAAACCUGUUUCUGAAGCUCCAGGAAGUUCUGAGCAAGCGGUGGUGUCUGACAUAGACACUGGGAUUAAGUCCACAUCUAAGAUCAGCAAACUCAAGAUUUCAAGUAAGGCAAAACCUAAAGAAUCAAAGGGUGAAUCUGAGAGACGUUCACAUUCAUUGAUGCCUACAUUUAGCAGAGAGAGAGGGGAGAGCGAAUCACACAAGCCUUCCGUCUCUGGACAACCCUUGUCUAGUACAGAGAGAAAUCAGGCAGCCUCAAGCAGGCACACUAUUUCUAUCCCGCGGCCAUCAUUAAGUAUGGACACAGAUCAAGCUGAAUCGCGUAGGCCUCAUCUUGUGAUACGACCACCGACAGAAAGAGAACAGCCUCAGAAGAAACUUGUUAUAAAACGUUCGAAAGAGAUGAAUGAUCAUGACAUGAGUAGUCUUGAAGAGAGUCCACGGUUUGAGUCCCGGAAAACAAAAAGAAUGGCAGAACUGGCGGGUUUUCAGAGGCAGCAGAGCUUUAGAUUGUCAGAGAAUUCUCUGGAGCGGAGACCGAAAGAGGAUAGAGUAUGGUGGGAAGAAGAGGAGAUAAGUACGGGAAGACAUAGGGAAGUAAGGGCGAGAAGAGAUUAUGAUGAUAUGAGUGUAUCAGAAGAACCCAAUGAGAUAGCUGAGAUCAGAAGAUACGAAGAGGUAAUACGGAGUGAGAGGGAGGAAGAGGAACGACAAAAAGCCAAGAAGAAAAAGAAGAAAAAGAAACUGCAACCCGAAAUUGUAGAAGGGUAUCUAGAAGACUAUCCUCCUCGAAAAAACGAUAGAAGAUUGUCAGAAAGAGGUCGAAACGUCAGAAGCCGCUAUGUGUCCGACUUUGAAAGAGAUGGUGCAGAAUAUGCGCCUCAACCAAAACGACGCAAAAAAGGAGAGGUUGGCCUAGCAAACAUCUUGGAACGCAUAGUGGACACACUAAGACUAAAAGAAGAAGUGUCACGUCUCUUCUUGAAACCGGUAUCCAAGAAGGAAGCUCCAGAUUAUCUUGAUAUCGUGGAAAACCCGAUGGAUCUCUCGACAAUCCGAGAUAAGGUACGGAAGAUAGAGUACAGAAACCGAGAACAGUUUAGACACGAUGUCUGGCAGAUAAAGUACAAUGCUCAUCUUUACAACGAUGGGCGUAACCCAGGAAUACCACCUUUGGCAGAUCAGUUACUGGAGAUUUGUGAUUACUUGUUGGACGAUUAUGAAGAUCAGUUAAAAGAAGCAGAGAAAGGUAUAGAUCCCAAUGACUGAGAAAUUUGUAAGAUAGAAAUCUGUAACCCUUUCUUUAGGCCCCCCAAAAAUGGGUUUCUUAGCUUAGUUAACUAUUUUGUACGAAUAGCAACAUUUCCAUAUCCCAUAUCUGUGUAAAGAAUCCCAAGUAAUGAAAAG